CUCUUUAGAAGGAGAAGUACAUUAUUCUGCAGAAGAAGCUGUGAAGUUCAUAGAGGAUCGAAUAACAGAAGAAUCUAAAAGUUCUCGCCAUCUCCGAGGACCACAUCUAGCUAAAUUGGAGCUGAUUAGGCGUUUACGAAGUCAAGGUUGUAAUGAUGAGUAUAAGCUGGGUGACCCAGAAGAAUUAAUGUUCCAGUAUUUUAAAAAGUUUGGGGAUAAACCUUGUUGUUUUACAGACCUUAAGGUAUUUGUUGACCUUUUGCCUGCAACACAGUGUACAAAAUUUAUUAAUCUGUUACUUGGAGUUGUUCCUUUGUCGACACCAACAGAGGAUAAGCUUGCACUGCCCGCUGACAUUCGAGCUCUGCAGCAACAUUUGUGUGUUGUGCAGCUGACAAGGCUACUGGGCUUAUACCACACCAUGGAUAAAAGUCAGAAGCUGAGUGUGGUUAGAGAGCUGAUGCUAAGGUACCAGCACGGCCUGGAAUUUGGGAAAUCCUGUUUGAAAACAGAAUUGCAGUUUUCCGACUAUUACUGUCUCCUUGCUGUUCAUGUGCUUAUUGAUAUAUGGAGAGAAACAGGGGAUGAGACUGCUGUGUGGCAGGCACUGACUUUGCUGGAAGAAGGAUUGACCCAUAGCCCUUCCAACGCUCAGUUCAAAUUGCUGCUUGUUCGAAUCUACUGUAUGCUGGGUGCAUUUGAACCAGUGGUGGAUCUUUACUCCAGCCUCGAUGCUAAGCACAUCCAGCACGACACCAUUGGACUAUUUCUGUUAUCCUUUGGGUGUCCAGUUACUGUGAGAGUGUCUUGCGACCAUACAAAUUAAAUUUACAGAAAAAGAAAAAGAAGAAAAAAGAAACCAGCAUCAUCAUGCCGCCUGUCUUCACCAGCUUCCAAGACUAUGUUACUGGACUUCAGACUUUAAUUUCCAAUGUUGUAGAUCACAUUAAAGGGCUCGAAGCACAUCUAAUUGCACUUAAACUUGAAGAACUAAUUUUAGAAGACACUUCUUUUUCUCUGGAAGAGAGAAAAUUUUCAAAGACUGUGCAAGGGAAGGUGCAGAGCAGUUACCUGCACUCACUUCUGGAAAUGGGGGAGCUUCUGAAGAAAAGACUCGAGACCACAAAGAAACUAAAAAUUUAAGGAAGUGUGACUCACAGGCACUGAUGACUCUCCAGCAGAAAGUGACGACACCAUCUUCCCAGGCAAAAGCAACAUCUGGUGACCAUCAUUUUAUUCCAGAACUUCCUCAUAAAAUGCAUGAAGGACUUUGAUUGUGAAUUAAUUUUUGAGGUAUUAAAUAUAUACAGCUGAUUAAAUUAUUGUACAUGAAGCAGAAGCAGGACCCUCACUGGGUUUGACCACGUUUUAUGCAUGUUCCUAUGCAUACGGCAGCAACACAAGAGCCCCACUCGUCUUUCCGCUGUCACCAGAAACGUCAGGGGGUGGGAGGGUUCUAUAAAAGCAGCAGUAGAUAUUAAACAUAAAGAAGCGUGGACCUUGGAGCAGCCGAAUUGCCCUCUCUUCCCAGUAGCAGAAGUUGCGGUCUGUUCCAUGAGCCAAAGGAGGCAGAAAGCAGAAGUGGAGGACGUGACUGGGAACGGAGCCCUUUUACAGCUGUGUGGCUCCCACAGAACCAAGGCAGGUCCACAGAGGGCCUCGAAUGAGAUUUGGAAUAAGCACUUGCCACUGAAAGGCAGCACGCAAGAAGACCACAGGUGCUCCAAAGUUUUUGGCUUAAUAGUUAGCCAAGAAUCCCCACUGUAUCUCUUGUGAGAACUAAGUUUCAGGGAGGCAAGCAAGGCUCCAAUAAUUUACAGCUGUUUCCAGGGGAGAGCGGUGCAGACCAUUUAGUAAGGCUACUGAGGCCAUCUUAGGAAAGACGGGAGUCUCCUGUAAAGACAGGUGCACGUAAUUGAUGCUGGCAAGUCUGAUGGUGUUCCAUUGGUUGUGAGUCAUAUACUGCAGUUGAUUAGAAGUCAUAUAUAUAUAUAUAUAUGCUUGGGAAUUAAGAUUUACUAUUUUAGUGCUUUUAAAUGGGGGAUUCAGAAAGGAAGGAACUGUAUAUUACAGAUUUCACUUGGGUUUUAAGCUUUAGGCUGGCAAACCCAAUGUUAUCCAAUGGAUUUGAUGUUUAGUGUACUUUCUUUAAACUUGAGAAUUACACCAGGAUGGUAUUUGCUUUUUUCAUUCAGAGGUCCAGUUCCCAAGAUUGUAGCUUUCAGAAGUUGGUCUGAUAGAAAACAUAAAAAUUGCCCUUGACAACAUGACACAAUUUUCAGUUUCUUUGAUAACCUUUUUUGGUGUUUGAAUCCCUGCUUCUGUUUUUGAUCUUUGUUAACCUAAAUAUAGUUAAGAGUUGGUAAUUCUAUAAGAGCAAAGAAAUGAAUUUGAUGAAAUUCAAGCAUCUGAUGGAUGAUUGGUCUUAAAAGAUGUCAAAGGUCCUUACCUAUGCACUACUCCAGUGAGAUGUGAUACUUUAAGAGCAAACAAAAGACAGCUGGGAAAAUCUCUACGUAAAGAAUUUGCAUUUUGUCCCUCAUCUUGACUUUCUUAGAUUAACAGUUUGAUAUGGUAAUUAAUAACUGUUUAAACAUCUACGUAUAUUUUUAGAAGUUACUAUACUGCCUGUUAAAUAAGACUUCUUGGAAAGCCUAGACCAUCAAAUAAUUUUAAAAUAUUAUUUUUGAUAUAAAUUAGUAGCCAUAGUGUUACAUACACCAUCCCAAAAGGAAGAACUGUCUUGAACAAGAUGAACUGUAAAUUCUGAAUUUCCUUUAACAACAUCCAGUUAGUUCAUAAAACUGGCCUGUGUAUGCAGGGGUGGGGGUUGUGUAUUUGGCAUGUGUUCCUGGAAUGCUUCUAUGAAUAUCCAGAAAAGUACUGUACAUAGAAAUCGAAAUGCUCUUUGAAACAAGUCUGUCAGCUGACCAUGAUCAAUCUAGCAUAUGAUCAGUGGGCUGGCCUUGGUCCUCAGGGACAGUGCGUGACACGUGGUCUACUCUACCAGUCUUCUGCCCAGAGGUCUCUGGGACCUCUGCUGGUUUUACUGACACAGGUUACAGUGGAGUUAUGCUUCCUUUGUUACUUGCUAAUUUUCCUACUAAAUGUAGCCUCUCAGAUCCAGUUCUCAAAGUUUGAGAUAAUUGUAAAAAUGAAAUUAUGCAGAAAUGGCCAAUAUCUUUUAUUAAUCUGUUCUUUUGGAAACUGUCAUGCACUAUAAAUUGUGUACAGUUAAAAUAUAUAUAUAUAUAUAUAUAUAUAUUCUUACAUGAGUAAAAAGCACCCUCUCCCAGCAAUCGUAUGUCAUUGGAAUUUGAAGAGAAUUCCCAAAUAACCUGUUGCUGCUGCUGCUGUUUUUGGUUUGUAUGGGUUUUUUGUUUUGUUCUGUUUUCGUGUGGUAAAUUGAUAUUUAAAAAAGAAAAAAGAAGAAAAAACACGACUACUGUUUACAGACUGAAAAAUUAUUGCUUUUUAUACUACUGAGAACCUAAGUUAAGACUCCAAAGCAAGCAUUUGGUUUAAAUCAUUUAUCUGAUGCAGAUAAAAGGCAGAGAAAUUUUUAGUGUUCUCCACAUAAUGGAAAAUGUACAAAUGCCUAGUUGUGUUGCCCAUCAAUUUUGUAUAUUUUCAUAAUUUUAAUUGUUCAAAAUUGCAUUAUAUUUUGCAGUCACUAUGUUCAAUCUGAAUUUGUCUUUCAUUUUAACUUUUAAUAUAAAAAGAGGGUUUCAACAUACCUACAGGCUUGUAAGUGAAACUCUUCCUACUCAUUUGAUGUGAUUUAUUAAUAUGGGAAGUCUGUAUUCUUCCUUUAGAAUUAAGUGAAUCAUAGCAAAUCUACUUUAAACUGGAUGGGUUAAUUUAUAUAAACAUUUUCAUUUGAAGUUG